UCUGUUAUUAUUUCUUGAAUAUAUAUAUAUAUAUGUAUGUAUAUGUCAUAAGGUGAUAGAAUCAAUUCCAUUUCAAGAAGAAGAAGAAGAACAAGACUGUAUUGUUCGUCAUCAUCGUCAUCAUCUCUUCUUGCCUUUGUGUAUUUCACUGACUUUUGGUUUUAUUUUUGGCCCUUUUUCUUGCAAGGGUUAUCGGUUUCGCCAUUAAAGAAGGUUUUCUGCUGCUGCAAGUAACUAAGGAUUUAGAAACAAAACCCCUCUCUCCGGUUCCUCCACGGGCGAAAAAUGGACGGUCUGGAUUGGAUCAAUCUGCAUCAGGAAGGAUUCGAAGACUGCCUGAAUGUUCUUACCAGGGCAGAAAUGACAUUUCCAAGAUCAGAAGCUCUUACAACGUGGGGGGGAGAAGAAGAAGAAGCCAUUUCUUACAAUCCAGGGAAUGCCCUGAUUCUUGAUCACGGAAUCUCCGGGGGCCUCCUGCAAACAGGCUCCCUCGAUUGUCUCUUGUCGGGAUCCGACAGCCCCGCCGAUGACACCCUGUCGACGUCUCUUGACGAUGACGACGGCAUUUCCAUGAUCUUCUCCGACUGCAAUGGCCUCUGGAACUUCACCCCCGUCAAACCAGAUCCACCCCCGCCGGAAAAUGCCUUCCCCGCCGCCGGCGGGGCCAAUCCAGGCCUGAAUCCUCAAUCCAGGCCGCCGGCCACCGUCAAAACCGCCGAUCAAAACCCGAAUCCCCCGAAAAGAAAAAGAUCAGAAACUCUUCCAGGGAGCUUCAACUUCAAGAGGCCAAAACAGGACAAGCAGCAAUUCAUUACACCAUCCUCAUCCAACAUCAGUUUCCAGCAGGGCGUCGCUGGCGCCGGAAGUUCCUCCGCCUCGUCGGGCGGCAGCGGCGGAAACGACGAGCCGAAUGCGGAGGCAAUAGCACAAAUGAAAGAGAUGAUCUACCGCGCCGCCGCCUUCCGGCCAAUCAAUUUCGGCGCCGAGACCGUCGAGAAACCGAAACGGAAAAAUGUUCGGAUCUCGAACGACCCUCAGACGGUGGCAGCGCGGCAGCGGCGCGAGAGGAUCAGCGAGCGGAUCCGGGUCCUCCAGAAGCUCGUCCCCGGCGGCACGAAAAUGGACACGGCGUCGAUGCUCGACGAGGCCGCGAACUACCUGAAGUUCCUCAGGUCACAAGUGAAUGCACUCGAAGCUUUAGGACAUAAAAUUGAUCACACUACAGCAGCAGCAGCAGCAGCAGGACUGUCUUCAUCUUCAUCUUCUUUACAUGGAAAUCCAAAUCUUGGAUUCUCUUCACCAUUUCUGAACUAUGCAUUUGCUGCCGCUGCUGCAAUGCCUCAUCAGUUCUCAAUCCAGACUCAGAAUCCUGUCACCAAAUCCCUCACCUGAGGAGGUGUGAAAUAUUAUUAAUUUUCAGAUUUAAUUUCCCAUUAGUGUUUUCAUUUAACUUUUUAGGGUUUGUUACCAAAACUUUUUUCUUUGCAAUCAUACUCAUCAUCAUUAGAUCA